AAUGGGGGGCGCGCGGCGAGUGACAGCUGGCCAAUGGGCGGCGGCGGCUCUCCCGUGCGCCGCGCGGGGGGUGGGGAUCUCCCCGCCGCCGCCUGAGGAAUGUCAACUAUUCAACAUGGAGACGGCGGUCGCCAGGCUCGAGGCCAUGUUCCAGAAGGCAGAAGCUGAUCUGGACUGGAUUCAACACAGACUGGAGUAUGAAAUAAUGAAAAGUUUUCCUGAUGACACACCACCAGAGGACAAUCCCCUUGCUAUCCUGGAAGGACUCUCAGUGGCCAGAGCUCGUUACAAAGCGCUGUGCACACGGAUGGACAGGAUUGCCAGGGAGCAGAAAGAGGCCAUGAAGGGCAUCCAAGCUUCUGUGGAGAACACAACGAAGAUAGUUCAGGAAUUACAGCAAAAAGCUGGUCUUGAGAGGUUGCCCCUGUCAGCAGAAGAACAGGCUGCAGCACAGCAGUUGGGCAUCCAAACUGGGACAGAAAUGGAAUCAUCAGUGGGAAAGCCAGGUUGUGCAGGAUCUACAGUCCCUGGCUCAGCUAAAGGGCAGCACUGAGUAUUUCACAGGUGGAUGAGAUGAGUAUGAAACCCUCUCACUCAAGAAUUCAAGUCCUGGAAGAACUUGGUAUUGUGAAAAGCAACAAAAAAGGAGAUAUUGAAUUAGUUGUGUAAGUGAAAGCUCGGCCCGUUCUCGUCUGAGACACAAAAGCACCUUGGUCACAGCUCCUGGAUUAUGAAGGAACAAGUAUUUCCCUGGGAUCUAAGAGCUGCUGAAAGUCCACUGUUGGAGAGUUGUAAUGUUUCUGUGCACAAAUUCUGUUUCUGGUACUUAAAACUGGAGAGUUAAAAACCGCUGAGGUUGGCAUUUUGCCUUGGAUAUUUAUAGGCCUGUGGCUGAUGCAUUUUUGAAGAGUGUUACGAGCCAUGUGACAUUUUCUUGCUCUCGUUCUUCAGUGGGUUUUUAACAAGUAAGCCAAGCCUCUUAAGUGUACUUACAUUCCUGAAUAAAUGAUGAAAGCUAA